AUAUAUAUACAUAUAUAUAUGUAUGUAUAGUUAGGCGCAACCGUAGUACGUGUGGGUGAAGUAUGCAAGAACAAGAACAUGAAGGGAUGACGAGCAUGAUGAUGGGGUGUGACGGCGGCGGAGGAAUAAACAACGCGGAUGUGGUUUCCGGCGAGGUGGUGAACCACCAGCUGAAGGCGGAGAUCGCCGCACACCCGCUGUUCGAGCAGCUGGUGGCGGCGCACGUGGCGUGCCUUCGGGUGGCGACGCCUAUCGAUCAGCUGCCGCUUAUCGACGCGCAGCUCACUCAGUCCCACCAUAUCUUGCGCUCUUAUGCUCACAGCGCCACUCAUCACCACCACUCUCUCUCUCCUCCUCAACGCCAAGACCUUGACAAUUUCUUGGCACAAUACAUGGUAGUUUUGUGUUCAUUGAGAGAGCAGUUACAGCAGCAUGUAAGAAUCCAUGCUGUAGAGGCUGUAAUGGCCUGCCGUGAAAUUGAGCACAACUUACUCUCUCUUACUGGAGCAACAUUGGGUGAAGGAAGUGGUGCAACAAUAUCGGACGAUGAAGAAGAGAUCCAAAUGGAUUACUCGAUGGAUCAAUCUUUAGCCGAUGGGAAUGACCUAAUGGGGUUCGGCCCUUUGCUUCCAACCGAAUCCGAGAGGUCUUUAAUGGACAGAGUUAGGCAAGAACUCAAAAUCGAGCUGAAGCAGGGGUUUAAAUCGAGAAUCGAGGAUGUAAGAGAGGAGAUAUUACGAAAAAGAAGGGCCGGAAAAUUACCAGGCGACACGACUACCGUGCUCAAAAAUUGGUGGCAACAACAUUCCAAGUGGCCUUAUCCAACUGAAGACGACAAGGCGAAGCUGGUAGAGCAGACAGGUUUGCAGCUGAAGCAAAUAAACAAUUGGUUCAUAAACCAAAGGAAGCGAAAUUGGCACAGCAAUUCACAGUCGGCUACUUCUCUCAAGUCGAAGCGCAAGAGAUAGAUAUAAUUUCGUUCGUGCUACCGAUCGAUCGAUCGAUCAGUGUUUAGUUGACCAAUAUUGACCAACUGUGAAGCAAAUUAAUUAAUGGGAACUAAUGAUGAUUUAGUUUAAUUUGAAGUGUUAGAUGUAUGUAUACAUAUAUAUAUGUUUUGUAGAUUUUGUAUCUUCAGACAAGAAAACUUUCUGAUUACAGACUUCUUCUUGGAAUA